AAACAUUGUAAAUAUUGUGGAGCCUCAAUCAGGAUAAUUCAAGACCUAGAAGCUUCUGUGUUUCAUAGAGCAAGGGUUGUGACCAAAAAUAACUUACUCAAGAAAGCCAAGUAUAAUCCUGAAUGGAAAAAAUUUAAAGAACAUUUAAUGAAUUGAAAGACAUAGAGACAUUUACAACAGAAAAAGGAUAACUCAAUGUAAGACUUUACAUAGAAGAUCUAGGAAAAAUAAUAAGGUAAACAUUAAUUACUAGUUAUAAGGGACUCACUAAAGUCAAACUUUAUUUUUUAUAUGUGAAAAUAAUAUCAGUCCUUUUUUUUUUUUUUUUAAACAACAUCCUCAUUACUUGGGUAAUUUGAAAAAACAAACAAACCUUGGGCUAAGUUGAGGAUGAUGGAUUGAUUCUCAAAAAUAAAACUGGCUUGGGAGAAGUCAUAUAGAGCAGUCAUUACAUAAAAAUGAGUCUUGAAAAGAAGAACUGAUACAGAGGAAGUAGGGAUUAGAGGGCAGGUAGUGCUGGAGAUUUAUUCCCAGAUUAACUGAAGAAGAAAUAAAAUAUCUACAUGGUCCUAUUCUAGAAAAAAGUGAAGCAGGUCAUAAAUGAGCUUCCUAAGAAUGAAACAUCAGGCCCAACAGAUUUGCAAGAGAAUUCUACCAAACAUUUAAAGGUCAGCCAAUUCCAAUAUCCAAAAACUGAUUUGAGAAAAUAGGCAAAGAAAGGCUACUACCGAACGCCUUUCAUGAAACAAAUAUGGUAUUGGUAUUCAGAUGCUGGAAAAGCAAAAAAGAGAUGAAAAUUAGAGACCAAUUUAAUUAAUAUAUAUAGAUGCAAAACUCCUAUAUAAAAUAGUAGCUGGGAGAAUACAAUGAUAUAUUAUGACAUACAUUGUGACAAAUUGGGGUCAGAUCGGGAAUAAGGAAUGGAUUAGCUUAAGGAGCACGUUUUUUUGUUUGGUUGGUGGUUCAUUCUCCAAGAAGACCAAAAUGAUUCCACUAUGUUAGGGUCAAGCUGGUAUGUCCCACUGUGGCUGAUCCGCCCAAGAGAAGCUCAGAAUGCUUGCCACAGGUCGAGCAUAGAUGGUCUUUGUGGGAAUAUUCUCUGACUGGCUGCAUCUCACAUUUCUUCUGGACUCAUUCAAUUCUGCUUUGCUCAUAGAGCCCCUUCUCUGAGGAGGGCAAGCUGUGUCGAGUGGUCCUGGGCCAGCAUCUCCCGGGUCAUACAGUCAGUUCUAAAGUUAUUAAGAGAGACUUUAGAGUGAAUCUCUUGUAUGGCUUUUUCUGACCCCCUUGAGAAUGUUCACCCUGUGUGAGUUCUCCAUAAAACAGUCUUUUUGGCAAGCGUACAUUUGACAUUCAAAAAAUUUGGCCAAUAGAGUUGUGCUCUCUGUUGUAGAGUUUGAGUGCUUGGCAGUUUAGUUUAAGAAAAAAUUAUAACAAUAAGAAAAGGUGGAGGGGUGGGUGGAACUCAUAUGAUUAUAUCAACAGUUGAAGAAAAAACUUUUGAUAAUAUACAAAACUCAUUUCUAUUAUUUUUAAUCCCGAGCUUUUGCCUUGAAAAUGUUUAUAAAAUGAUUUUUCCUUAAGUUGAUAAAAAGCAUUUACUUAAAACUGUGACAGUAAUACAGUCAGAGUUAAGUAAUUGGACACAUAAUUGUUCAUUCGUUGAAAGGACCAGUGUAAUAAGAAUGACAGUUUUGCUUAAGCUAGUUUCUCUUCCCAAUUUGAUUGUUCCAAUCAAAUGACUAAAUAUUUAUUUUACUGAAUUGGAAAAAAAUAGCAUUUAUUUGGAAGAGCAAAACUUCAAGAAUAUGAAAGGAACUAAUGAAAAUGUAAAGCAACGAAGUUUAGCAGAACCAAAUUUUAAAAAGUAUUAUAAGGCUUUAAUAUAUAAGGUAUUAUAACUUUCAAAACUAUGUGGUGCUAAGAAAUAGAAAGUGGGUCAAUAGAGCAGAAGUCAUACAAUUCACAGCAGCAAAUAAUUAGAAUAACCUGGUAUUUAACAAAUGUAGAGAUUGAGAGUUUUGGGAUCAGACUUUAUUCCUUGGUGAAAAUUGUUGGAAAAAAGUAUGAUAGAAAUUGUUAACAGUCUGAUACGUAUCUUGCCUUUUGGCUGUUGCUUUUUUUGAAUGUGAAUUGUGUACCUCAUUAACCACUUUCACAUGCUGUCUGUCUUUUCUCUUUACAAUGCCAUAGUCUAUUAAAUGCCAAUUUUUGCUGCAAGAAUUUUCAUUGCAUUUAGGUUGGUGAUGAGAGGGUCAUGAGCUCCAUAACACUUAAGUAAUUACUGCUGUUGCUCAUGUGUAUAUGUUUUUGUUUUUGGUUUUUUUUUUUUUUUAGUUGUAGAGCCCGAGUUUGAAGUAAAUGAGAUGAGGAGAAAGCUGGGACUUUUUGUGGAAGAACGUGACCUGCGGAGAUUCACGAAGGAGGGUCCCUGUGCCUUCACUUUGAGGGAAAUCCUUGACUCUGAUGUCCAAGUAAAUAAUCCAAAGAGCGACGAUGCGUUGGAUGAAACUGGAAAGAGGUUCAAGGAAUCUCCACUGCUCAGUCAAUGUAAGAAAAUGGUCUCCAGGAACAAGUCUCUUCAGCACUGGUCAAGCAGCCAAAGCUUCACCGCACAGGGAGAGCUUCUUCAGCCCCAGAAGAAGCCUCCCCAAGUGCAGACCCACUCAGACAGCCAAUGGCAGGUGGCCUUGAGCCGUUAUUUAGACUUCCUUAGACCUCAGGAAAGUGAUGCUGGAGAAACGCUUUGGGGGAGGGAUGCAGGUGGGAGGGCCCUUAUUACUCAUCAGCCCAUCACCCAGAGAAAGCCACCUGAGGGGGAGCACGAGUGUGAGGCAGCCCCCUGCCAAUACUCAGCCCCUCCUGGCCGUCCUAAAAGGAAGAGACAGGAGUCUCAAGCGGGUGGGAAGGAUGCCGGCUGGGACCCAGAACCUGGCGGGCCUCCACGGACUUACCCUAGAAGGCUCCACAAGGGUGUCAGCACUGAAAAGCCCUUCUGGGGCAGACUCCGUGAGCAUCAGAGAGUCCGCACUGGAGAGAAGCCCUUUGGGUGUUAUCAGUGUGGAAAGAGUUUCACACGGAGCUCCAAUCUUGCCAGACAUUGUAGAAUCCACACUGGAGAAAAACCUUUUGAUUGUGGCCUGUGUGGAAAGACUUUCGCCCAGAGGUCAAAUUUUGCUGAACACCAGAAAAUCCACACUGGAGAGAAACCGUUUGAAUGCAAUCAAUGUGGAAAGACUUUCACUAGGAGCACACAUCUUUCUACACACCAGAGAAUCCACACGGGAGAGAAACCUUUCAAUUGUAAUCAGUGUGGAAAGACUUUCACACAGAGUUCCCACCUUUCAGAACAUCAGAGAAUCCACACAGGAGAGAAACCUUUUGAAUGUAAUCAGUGUGAAAAGGCUUUCAGAAAGAGGUCCAAUCUUGUUAAACAUCAGAGGAUCCACACUGGAGAGAAACUUUUUGAUUGUAAUCAGUGUGGAAAGACUUUCAGAAGGAGUUCCAAUCUUGUUAAACACCAGAGAAUCCACUCUGAAGAAAAACCUUUUGAUUGCAAUCAGUGUGGAAAGACUUUCGGAAGGAAAUGUCAUCUUGCUACACACCAGAGAAUACACACAGGAGAGAAGCCUUUUGAAUGCAAUGAGUGUGGAAAGACUUUCACGCAAAGUUCCCAUCUUGCUCAACAUCAAAAAAUCCACACUGGAGAGAAACCUUUUGAUUGUAAUCAGUGUGGAAAGGCUUUCAGAAAUAGGUCCAAUCUUGUUAAACAUCAAAGAAUCCACAAUGGAGAGAAAACUUAGGAAUGUAAUGAAUAUGGAAAAACGUGACAGGAAAUUUAAAAAAAAAUUCUUCAAAAGAGACAUAAUAAGUUAA